GGAAGAAAUGCUGACUAGGGAAACUGAGCAGCCAAGAAACUGUAGUUGGAUUAGAAACGAGUCCUUGUCAGAUCGAGUUUUAUUGCAGUUGCAAUGGCAUUGUUAGACCUAUUAGAACCGCUUCUUGUGCAUUGGCAGACAAUUUUAAUUGCUUCUGCCAUAUUUUCGGUUUAUUUUUACUGGAUUGUGCCAUAUCGGGCGGCUAGAGCUAUUUACCCCAAGGGACCAAUCCCGUUACCGUUCAUCGGUCAUUUGUGGGAUACUGUAAAACACAAGGGAUUGAUGCAUCUGCAAAUGGACGAAUAUUGCAAAAAAUACGGUCAAGUUUACUCCAUGCUUACCUUUGGCAGCAAACCAUGCAUAAUAAUCUCGGACCCAGAAAUGCUGAGAGACAUUUUCGUAAAAGAGUUUGGCUCUUUUGCUGAUCGCCCGGUAAGCUCAACAUACAUAAACCUUUUAUCAAUUACGGUAAUCACCACCGAAUGUCUUUUGUUAAUGUGCAGUUUUUUUUCUUUUUGUCAGCCUUGAGUCUUUGAUGUAGUAGAAGACGUUCACCUUAGUUUGCAUUUUGGUCAGAUGUCAAGUGCUUAAUUGCACAGUCAGCACUUUAAAAUUAAGUUCGGAUGGGGCGUGGCAGGGAGAAUAAAUUUUUUCAGGAGAAUAUGCUUUGACAAAAUUGCUGACAUUGUCAAAAAUUUUUAGACAAUGGACAGAACCAUAUCUCUAAACUAAUUUAAGAAUGGGGUAUGAUUUGGAGAAGUGGACACCCAUCUACCCAAAACUUACACAUGCAUCCUGCCUGCCUGAGCUACAUGUGGAUGUCAAUAUUGACUGAAUUCUCUCACUUAACUGAUAGUUAGGAUUCUUUUUAUCAUUUAAAGGUAUUUUUUAAGCUACCUGAACCUCUGAACAGCAUGUUGACAAUUGCUACCAAAGACAAGUGGAAACGUAUUCGUAACACUUUGUCACCAGCUUUCAGUGCUUUGAAGAUGAAACAGAUUGUGCCCUUGAUGAAUAUUUGUUGUGACAAUUUGAUCAAAAAGCUUGGUGAAUUUGCUGAUAAAGAGGAAAGUGUUGACAUUAAGAAGUAAGUACAGAAAUAUUUACCAAAAAUUAAAAUUUUUAAAUAGCUUUUUGACACUUAUCAAUGUAAUGUAAUUAUAUUUGCUUUAAAAGGGUGUUUUUGUGGGGAAAUAUACUUUUCUACAUUUAUUCAGCAUUUUCACAAGGUAGCUCCUCAUCUGCAAAAUACAUCUGCCUAAAAAUACAUCUUAAAAAUAAGUUAUAUCUACCAAAAAGAAAUACAACCAAUUUUGUCAGACAAAGGGCUUGCAAUAUAUUCAGAAAUAGGCUUUAAAAAAUAAACAUAAGUGUGCUAGAUGCAAUUAUGCUGCAGUACAGACAAUAAUCCUCCAGCAAAGCAAACCCCUUUGCCAUUAAGAUAUGAUGCUUCAAAAAUUAUAGCUUGAGAUAUUCAGUAAACAACAUGACACACACCUCUCAUGAUAUACAGAUUGGUAACUUGUACCUCUCUUUUUCCUAUAGACUUCAUCAGUGUUUAACAAUGGAUGCUAUCGUUUCUGCUGCAUUUGGUUUUCAAGUGAACUCACAGAACAAUCCUGAUGAUCCUGUUCUUAAAGCAGCUAAGAAAGCAAUGAACCAGUCAACUUCUCAGAAAAUUCUGCUGACAUUUCUAUCUACAAUGCCAUUUGGGGCAAAGAUCAUGGAGAAGAUACCAAGUUUGUGGAUGUCAAAUAAUAUUCCUCUCCUGAACAUUACAGAAGAAAUAGUUCACACCAAAAGAGAGAGUGGUGGAAGCUCUAGCACUAGGAAGGUAGCAAUCUUUUGGUUUUACUUUAUGUAAUUAGGUAAUUAAGGAUAGACGCUCUAAUUUUUUUGGGUGUUGUGUCUUUAAAACCUAACCAAAGAGAAGCCUAGAUCAAAACUGUCUGAGUAGUUUUCACAAACCAGACCAGAAGGACAAACAGCUUGUCUUGUAUACUGAUAUUGACUUAUUGUGCUCAGGUUGUUCAAGUGUGAGAUCAUCUUAGUGAUUCUCUUUGCUGUUUACCAUACAAUUCUUUUCAUGUUAGUUAAGAGAAUUUUGUAUUGGAUCAACUAAUAAUUAUUCCCUAAUUGACACUGCAUUUCUCCUAUAUUCAUUCUCAUCACUUGUCUGCUUGAAAUUGUAUUGAUAUUGUAAGGAGAAAUUCUGUCUUGGUCACUCAUGAGGGUUAAAGGAUUAACUGUCAACAGUUCUUUUCAGAACCACCCUUUAACUAGAAAAUCACUCCAUUUACUCCAGUUCAUUUUUUUGCUGUAAUUUUUUCACCAACACUGAAAAUUUAGCUAUUGCAUAUAAUUUUACUUAUAAUGCUUACAUUUUAUAGGACAUGCUUGAUUUGAUGCUGGCAGCCUCAGAUGACCCUUCAGUACCAGAAACAAAGAAGCUCUCAGACAUGGAAGUCAUAGCACAAAGCCUUGUCUUUCUUGCUGCAGGAUAUGAAACCACCAGUACCACUUUAAGUUUUGUUUCCCAUCAUCUAGCCAUAAAUCCUGAAAUUCAGGAUAAACUGCAACAAGAGAUUGACAGUGUUUGGCCAGAUGAAAACCAAAUGUUGUCCUAUGAAACAGUCCAUGAAAUGCCAUACCUGGACAUGGUCUUGGCUGAAAGUUUGAGAAUGUACCCUCCAGGUAUCAAAGACAAGUCGUAUUUCACUGAAACCAGCUGUGUACAUGAACCCUUAUGUGGGAGGGGCAGUGGCCUGGUUGAUAGCAUGCUGGGCUGGGCUGGGAGAGGUCUGGGUUUGAGCCCUGGUCAGGAUACUUAACUGUCACAGUGUCUCUCCACUCAGGGGCAUAACUACUAGCAUGCAAAAUGAAAUGGCAGGGUUAGGCUAUGGUGGACUUAAGCCAUUCAUUCACGGGUAAUAGCAAUGCUUUUGUCACUUUAUGCUGCAGAAAAAAAAAAGGAUAGGCUUUGGGGAUGAGGGCUAGAAACUCAAGAGCAGAUGGUUGUCUUUUCUUUUCUUUAUUUUUUAUGUUCUGCUGUGGGUGUCUAGGUGAAAACUCUGGUAGGUGAAUUCUUACUCCACCAUUCUCUGGCCACACAGGAGCCCUCCAGGUUUUUUUAUCACUGUUAUGAUUAUAAUUAUUAUUGCUAUUAUUAUUAUCAUUAUCUUUAUUAUAUUUAUUAUUAUUAUUUUUUUUAAUUGACACUUGGUCCUAACAAUGAAGGGCUCACUGAGCCUCACACAUGAGGAUCUCCUUUGCCACACCCUUGCUUGCCUUGGAAGGCAUAAAUCUACAUGCAUUAUUUUAAGGGGUGUUAAGAGACAAGGGAGUUUCCAUGGCAAAGAACCACUCAAAAACUUAAUUUCCCUUACAGCUCAAAAGUCCUUCCAGGAUAUGGAAGCCUUGAAAUGCUUGAUUAUAUUGGCUUAUUUUUGGAGGUAAAUAGUUGAAGGUUUUUUUUUUUCUUCUUUAGGAUUUGUCAUAGUCCGUGUCUGUACAAAAGCAUGUGUUCUUAAAGGAGUCAAAAUACCUGAAGGUUUAAUAGUUGCAAUACCAGUGUACAGCAUUCAGCGAGACCCAUCCAUUUAUCCAGACCCUGAUGAAUUUGAUCCAGAGCGCUUCUCACCUGCAGCCAAACAAUCCAUUAAUCCUUACUCCUACAUGCCUUUUGGUCAUGGACCUCACAAUUGUAUUGGAAUGAGGUUUGCGCUAAUGGAAAUGAAGAUGGUGCUGGCAAGAAUGUUGAAGAAAUAUCGUCUGGAAGUAGCGGCAGAUACAAAGAUUCCUCCUGAUGUUUUUGUUGCAUCUACGUUGUCAUGUUCUGGUGUUAAUGUUAGAAUAACUUCACGAAAGUAAAGGGAAAAUGCUUAGGAAAACUGUUGUCCUAAGUCUUUCAACACUUCUUGUGCUGAUGAUAAUUGACUUACAUUGAAGAACUGAUUCAGGACAAAGCUUGCUGUUGUUAGCAUAAUCUAUUACAUUUUUCCUUUUCUAGUAGUAAAUAGGAAGAUCAAAGUUGCAAGAUGUAUACCUCUUUCUUAUUGAGUUCAAGGUCCAUACUUUAAGUUACAGACCAAGUUUUUCCACUCUGAUUUAUAGCCCAAGUGCAAUGCACAUGGUCCACAGAUCCAAGCAGAAAGACAAGGUUAUGUAAAUUAUAGUGUGGGGAAAACAUUUAAUUGUAAGUAAGUAAGUAAGUGAAGUAUGGCCCACUAAAUUGACCAAUCAUAACACACAUACUAACUAAGAGAUAUCAUAACAGCAUUUAUUUCUUCUAGCUACUCAAAUAAAUUUUUAACACUAAACCUCACAAUGUCAGAAUACCACGUGACCUUAGACAGUCUGAGGAAAAAAGAAUCCAACCUAAAACUUGAAAAAACAUUGCUGUUGUUGUAGUCAGUAGUGUACCAUUACACAACAUGUGGUUGAAUUUAUAUACUGACAAUAUUUUGAAUGUGACAAGAGAAAUAAAGAAGAAGCUCAGGGUAUUGUGGCCCUUCAUCUGGUUGGUUGAUGGGUGCACUGGAAUGGUCGCCAAAUAAGUCUGUUUGAAGAGUUCCAUAUUUUGUUUAAAUGAGGUAACUAUCAUUUUACUUCUGAGUAAAACGGGGGAGAAACUGUAAAUAUCGUGCCUUUAAUAUUUGGAUGAAACCGUGAAAUGAUCCUUUCAUCUGCUAUGACAAUCCUUUAGAGCAUAUUGAGCAGUUUAAAAGAGACUCCUUUGGGUGGGAGGAAGUUCAUUGGGGCCAGUAUCCCCGUUUUUUUAACUUUUUCCUCGAGUAUCCCGUAUCGCUUAAAUGUUUUAACCAAACAUCUCCUAUCCCAGUAACUGCUAAUUAAGCCUCAAAAGAUCAUCUAGAGCACCUUUUGUAAGAUCGACAUGGAAUUUUUGUUGAUUAAAUCUGAAUGGUACUGCACGGACUUACAAGACUACGUGAAUCAGUAUUUCUGGCUACGUAUGACCAAUCCUCUCAGCCCAAAAUUACGGAGAAAUUUUGGUGUAUUCUUACGCGACGUACUUUCCAGAGGGGGUUGGGCAAUAAACAUUUGAAGGUGAGACUAAAUGUAAACAAGGAGAUUUUGGGUCUACACGGAACGCUUCUCAAGCUUUGGUACGAAAAUGUCCAUUUUAAACUUUGCCGAGCAAUUUCUUGAGCACUGGCCAACGAUUUUAAUCGCCUCAUCCAUUCUGUUGGUUUAUUUGUACUUUAUUGUCCCAUAUCGGACGCUAAAAGCCGUCUGCCCUAAAGGACCGACUCCUCUGCCGUUCAUCGGGCAUUCGCUGGAUGCUAUAAAGCACAAGGGGUCAAUGCAUCUUCAGAUUGACGAGUAUUACAAGAAAUAUGGCGAUGUGUUCUCCAUGUUUAUCUUGGGCAACAUGAGCAGUAUUGUUGUCAGCGAUCCUGACCUGCUGAGGGAUCUUUUCGUGAAAGACUUCGCUUCCUUCGCCGAUCGCCCCGUAAGUUCCCAGCACGAUUUUGGAGUGUUAGCUUAUUUCUAAAUAAAUAGUAUUUUAAACAUCUCUCCAAGAAAGACUUUGCCUUUCUGCUUCUUUUUUGUCAGUUCCUUACACGACUUUGAAAUGAAAGCUUAAAAUUAUACACAACUCCUUCCAAUUUCCUGAUUUAUUGAUUUUUAAUUGUUUUCAGGAAUUUUUUAAACAACCUGAACCUCUUUGUUAUAUGAUGUCAGAAGCCAAAAAAGAACAGUGGAAACGUAUUCGCAACACUUUAACACCGUCUUUCAGCGCUCUCAAAAUGAAGCAGAUGGUUCCAUUGAUGAAUGCAUCCUGUGACAAUUUGAUCAAAAAGCUUGGGGAAUUUGUUGAUACGGAAAAGAGUGUUGAUAUUCAGAAGUAAGUAACCAAAAAUGCUGCAGUACUGUGUGUUCUUGCUUCCUUAAACUAUGGAAACUGCCUACCUCAUAAAACCACAGCUAUAAUCAUUAUUAAUAUUUGGCAGGGUAGGCCUGAGUGAAACCUGAGCAUUCUGAUUGGUUGCCACUAGAUAUUUUCCAUAUGGACUGUUUCCACAGAAACAGUCACAAGCUGUGUAUUUUUUUGUUCAGGAAAGCUGGCAAACUCACAAUCAACAAGUUUGGUCUGACUGCCAUGUGAUGAACUAUAGAUUAACUUUGCUUUCUGGAGCUGUACCAGGGAAUACUGGUCCUUGGUCCUUUUUUAACAGACCUCACUAUACUCAGUCUGUACUACCAUGACCUCUGGCCAAUAUUUUCAGUAUGGUCCUCAAACUCAGUUAGUAAGAAGUUAGUAGGGCACUCAUGUUCCAUUAGUAAGAAGUUUUUUUUUUUGUUAGAAUUCACCAGUGCCUGACAAUGGAAGUCAUUCUUUCCUCUGUUUUUGGUUUUCAAGUGGAUGCGCAAAAUAAUCCAGAUGAUCCAGUUCUGAAUGCAGCUAAACUGACCAUGUCACAAACUACUUUUCAAAAAAUUAUUUUGGGGGGUGUAACCUUGUUACCUUUUGGUAUGAAACUAUUGGAAAACAUUCCAGCCUUGUUCCUGUCAAAUUUUACACCUCUUUUGAAAAUCUCGGAGGAAAUAGUUCAAAUUAAGAAAGGAAGUGUUGGGAGAUCAUCUAGGAAGGUAAUAUUCACUAUAUAGGCUGAAAAAAAUUCAAAUGCAAAUUCUAGAUCUUACAAACAGUUUUUGUCAUUAGUGGAGGAUGUUAUUGUCUUGUUAUGAGUAUGGAACAACAAAAAAGUUUUGAUUCCCCCUGAGGAGUGAACACCAGACCUUCAGAUUGCAAGCUCUGAUACUCUACUCUGAACUACAGAGACGGUAUUGAUUUAGGCUAUUUCUAGGUUAAUAGUUGACACACAUCCUGCGUAUUGUUAGGAUCAGCAAUGUUGAAAGUAACAUAUGUGACAUUGUAAUCAUUUUCACUUUCUCCAUCAUCACCAUCCAAAGUAAAUAGUAUCAACAAAAUCAUCACUUUGUUUCACCCAUAGUCAUAGACACUGUGGUUACUCUGUGUUGCUGAUUACACAGUAGUGCAGAGCUACCAUCACAUUUACUGUUACCUGUACUGUUGAUACUUUAUUGUCUAUUGUCACCAUAAUUAUAAUCACAGGGUCGCACUCAUCAUCAUCAUCAUUAUUUGCAGUGGACAUAGCACCAUGGAAGCAAUGGUGAUAGCAUUGUUAUCAUUAUCACUAUCAAUUUCAUCAAUAUCAUUCUCAUGAAAUGUAAGGUAGCUAAUUUCUUACUCUUAGAUCGCACUUCUUUUGCUACUAGUUUCUGGUAUCUUUAAGGUGCAAUUUAGACAUAGAGUGUCACAUAAAUUCAGUUAAUUCAAUUGCAAUUUUUAUUGCAGGACAUGCUAGAUUUAAUGCUCUCAGCAGCAGAUGACUCUUCACUGCCAGAGUCCAAGAAGCUCUCAGAUGCAGAAAUUAUUGCUCAAAGCUUUGUCUUUCUUGCUGCUGGAUAUGAAACCACUAGCACCACCUUAAGUUUUAUGUCCCAUCAUCUGGCAGUGGAUCCUGAAAUUCAGGAGAAAGUACAACAAGAGAUUGACAGUGUUUGGCCAGAUGAAAACCAAAUGUUGUCCUAUGAUGCAGUCCAUGAAAUGCCAUACCUAGACAUGGUGGCAGCUGAAGUUCUGAGAAUGUACCCUCCAGGUAUAAGAGACAGUUUUUUCAAAUUUAACAUUAUAAUGAAAAUGGUGUUUAUAAUGAUAGCAAUUGGUUUUGGAGUGAAGUGACAAUUGCAAAUAUGGCUGCAUUCACAAGCUAGACACUUAGUAUACUGAUUCAAAGGAAACGUUUUAUGGUUGAUGGAAUAAUUUAGAAGAAAUUUGCACCUAGCAUCCAUUUGGCAAACCUUUAUUCAUUCAUUCGCAUUACAGAAAAUAGGUAUGAUCAUUAAAUGAAUUUUAAGUCAUUGAUCGCAAUUGAUUUAUAUCAGUUAUCCAGCUGAAAUACAUGUCCAACAUACUGUUACUGUUAUACUACCGGCACUGCUAUUUUAUCAUCAUUACUCAAACUAGUUCUCAAAGUGCUGUGGUCUGGCCCUGAUUGCAUGAUUCAGUUUCAAAUGAUUUGACCCUCUAAACUUGAUAAUGUAAAUUGGCUACCGUAAAGAGUUUCUAAAACUGACAUUUCUGUUCGCUCUGACUGAGAGCUAACGUUCAAAACGUCACCUUUGUAAGCUGCUGACGGUGGUUUAUUUACAUUAUCUACUCAGUUGAUGAAACGAAAUUAUUUUUGUAACACCCUCCACUAGUGGUGUAGCACAGUUUCUUUACAAACUUGUACCCCUCAUUCAUUUGGUCACGAGCAUUAUUACUGUAUGUGACUCUGCUUCUAUUUUGUAGGAUUCAUUACAGCUCGGGCCUGCACAGAAGAGUGUACCAUUAAGGGAAUCAAGAUGGCUGAAGGUUUAACAGUUGUGGUCCCUAUUUACAGUAUCCACCGAGACCCACGUUAUUAUCCCAAUCCAGAUAAAUUUGACCCUGAUCGCUUCUUACCUGCAGCCAAGCAGUCGCGCAAUCCUUACACUUACCUACCCUUUGGUCACGGACCACGUAACUGCAUUGGAAUGAGGUUUGCGCAAAUGGAGAUGAAGCUGGCGAUGGCAAGGAUUCUGAAGAAAUACAGCUUUGAAGUGGCGCCAGAUACAAAGAUUCCGCCUGAAGUGACCAUCUCUUCUACCCUGACGUGUUCUGGUGUCAACGUUCGAGUGAAGUCUCGUAACAAGUGAAACGGUGAACCUUCGUGGGGGGAGCUGUACACAGUCUAUUGUUAUAUAUCUAGACUUUCACUCAACAAACAAGCAAUGUGAUUGGUUGAUUCUUGGUCACGUGCCCCUGAUCAAAUUCAAAUGUAUCCCGACCGGGAUACAAUUGCACAGUUGUUACCCGUGAGCCGAAUACAACAGCACAUGAUUGUUUAAGGGAAAGCCUAAAUAUAUAACAAAGCACUUAAUGUAUGGUCCCUCAGGAAACUAGUUUCUCGAGUUCUCUUGGGAAAACAAAACUAAUUGUUCCUCUCGGGACCUUACAGUAAGUGUCUAAUGUCACGUUAUGGGUCGACUAUUGAUUUGGUAGUAAGAAGUGCUGAAACAUUGAGACUUCCAUCACGUUUUUUGUCCUUUUUAACUCGUGCAAAUGAGUUUUUAUGGAGACUCCAAUAUGCAAAUGAGUCACUAACUCACUCACUAAGAUGUAGACACUGUCGCAGUGGUAAUAAGUCAUCCCGAACUCGCAGUAGUAACCAUGCACUAAACGGUAGAGGCUUUGUUAUAGUUUAUACUAGGCAUUGUUGCUUUAAAUAUCACCUUCCAAGAGAGCAAAAUUUAUCAAGUUCAGGCCCAAACCUGAAAGUGAGAAUUGCUUCAAUCGUAAAUUCAAUUAUCAUAUGUAGACAUUGGGGGCUGGAUCAAUCAGUAGCAGACCACAAAAAAAACUCUGUGCUCGUCUGAUAAAAGAAAACUUGUGGAAUUCAUUGCCGCAGAUCUUUAAUUUUAAUAAUUCAAAUAAACUUGUUGUUACAUUAAAUGUGUUCUUAGGAAUUUUCUUUCUUUCUGAUGCAAGCAAGAGAAAACCAUCAUCAUCAUCAUCAUUUGUUAUUUGCCUUAUUUACACAACAC